AUGUCCUCGACGGACAAUUCCCGUAUCCAAGAGCUAGAUGGACCAACAAGGGGUAGUCUUCGGGCCAGCCUCGUCCUCCUGUCGCCGGCGCGCAUCGUCGAAGAGCUCGUCCGCAACUCGAUCAGCGCAUGUGCCAGACGCAGCGGCCAGCCUCCAGGCCCAGAUCAGAGCCUUGCAGGGGCCGAUAGGAGCGUGGCGGGCACCAUAGUGGUCGCGAUCGACUUUCGGACCUGGUCGAUCACCGUCCGAGACGACGGCAUCGGCUUUCCUUCGACCUCGGCGUUGGCCUUGGCGCCUCCACGGGCUCACACGGCGACGGACGGGCCGACCCUGAAGCUCGUAUCGUUCCUGGGGCUCGUCCGCAUCCGCUAUAUGCCCAGCUCCGCGGAUGGUGCUCCGACAUGGAACGUUCAAAGGACGGACAUCAGCUGCGUGGUCAAGGACGGCGUAGUCCUGUUCGAAGGCCCAACUCCUACCCUCAGUCCGCGAGCGCAUGUCAUUCACGGCGUCGAAGAAGAUGCCGCUGAGCUCGGACAGCCGCGCCUCCUCAGCACGCGAGGCGGAAGCACGGUAGUCGUGCACGACAUCUUUGGCCAGAUUCCUGUAAGAAGAAAGGCGCUCCGCACCCUCGCGGCGCAGAAGAAAGAGGUUGAUCGCACCAAGGCCCGAAUCGAAGAGCUUGGCCUGCUCCAGCCUGGCAUCGCAUUCCGCCUGCACGCCACCUACGCUAUGCCCUCGUUGCCCUCCGAUCCGACGUCAGUCGUCCCGGCCCAGACGGACAGGAGGGAAGAGGAAAGACUCGUCCUGAGCCUGCCAAAGACGAACUCCCUUGCUGAUCGCUUCGGCGACAUCCAUGGCAGUCAGCUGAUCCGCCCGCGACGUUUGCAAGAGAUCGAAAUCCAUCAGAACUUUCUCCUUGCAGGCGUUAAGGACAGGCGGCCACAGACAGCAGUGACCAUCGGGAGCACCGCGGCGGCCAACUCACGAGUCAGCAGCCGACGCGAGGUCAACGUCGUCAUCGACGGCUUCUUCUCGACUUGGCCGUACGAGGCCGCCGGACCCUCGGCACAGCGCUUGUUCUUCAACCACGAGUGCCUGCCUCCGCUUUCAAGAGGAAGCAGGGGUAUUGGCGACGUGCCCGUCGACGGCUUCGACGACCAUUUCGGCCCGUUGCCACGGAGCCUGAGCGCAGAGCUGAACAAGUACGGCCUUCUCGACGACAGCCACCAGCCGCUCCUGGAGCGAGGCGAAAAGAGGCCCAGGACAAGCGGUGCGAUGCCGGCCUCGACGACGUUCGCGAACCCACAGGAUGCCCACAAGGCACUCGCCUCGAUCUUUCGGCAGAAGCUCGAGGCACUUGGAAAGCUCGUGGACGAUCACCAGGUGGCCUACCUGGUGCGUAUCCGCGUGGAGCCCGUCGGUGCGAACCGGACUGGCACUCCGGCAAAGCAUCGCCUCAGCUUCGGCGCGUUGAUCAAGGCUGUGGAGGCGUCUAUCCUUGGGCCCGCUGCUAGCAAGGCCGAUGACAAAUACACCGCGCAUGAGGGCAAGCGAACAUCACCGUUGGAUGCCACCGCCACCACGUCGAGGAAGAGACUCAAGACGAUCGGUCCAGGCGCUGCCGGGAAUGCCGGAUCGGCUCGGUCAUCUGCUCGCUACGAAGCUCCGCCAGCUCCAGCGGGCAUGAUCGUCUGGACGGAUCCACUCACACAACGCCGGUACUUCGUCGAUGGCAGGACCGGCACGAGCUAUCCGGCCGAUUACCCGCGAUCUACCGUGCUGCAGCGCCCAUCCUCAUCUCCCUCGAACACGACCUCUCGGCGGCAAAGGCCGAUGUCCUCUAGACCGUCGACAGCAGAUCGGACACGCCUGGCCAAAGAGGCUGUUGCGAUCGGUCACGAGCCCGAUCGGCCGCAGUGGCUGCGAGCCACGCUGAGCGGCUGGACGAACCCCGCUUUUGACACGACGCUGCCGAGGCACGACGGCGGCGAGGUGCCCACGUUGAACCGCGACCAUCCGCGGAGGCCGACGUCGACCCGUGGCGCCUCGACCAUGGACGCCGUAAGCACGGCGUUGCGAGCCGGUGGGGUCGACGAAGAUGUGUAUGCGGCACCCUCUCCCUCGUCCUCUCCUCGCAAGCGCAGUGACCGGAAGGAAAGCCGGUUCUUCAUUGCAAGACAGCAGAGCGGAACACGGACAGGGCGUCUGCGGCCGCCCGGCGCCUCUUCUGCAUCUGCUGCAUCAGCUGCCGUCCUCGCGCCCCCGCAGCAACGGACGGGGACCGGAUCGACGUUUGCAGACGUCGAGUCGGCCAUCCCUCACUCGUCGCUGCGACGAGCCCAUGUGAUCGGCCAGGUCGAUGAAAAGUUCAUCGCAUGCCUGCUCGACCUCUCCUUGCCCACCGAGGACAGCGUCGCCGACAUGGCUGGACGACCAGGCCUAAUGCGCUGCGGCGAUGGGUCGCGGACCGCUGCUUCGCCGCUGCUGGUGUGCAUCGACCAGCAUGCGGCCGACGAACGGGUGCGGUACGAGCGCUUCCUGGCCGAGUACGUUGCGGGCUGCCUGGCCGGCGCCAUCGCAUCUGUGCCGAUCCGGCAGGACGACGAGGUGCUAGUAAGCCUCGAUCAGGACCUGGUUGAGGCGCUUUCGUAUCGAUUCGAGGACGUCGACGUCACGAUACAGCAAGAGCUGACGUUUUGGGGCUUCGAAGUUGGCAAGAUCGACAGCAGAGCCGCCGGUCAGAGGUCCGCCGCACGCACCGUCACGGUCGAGAUCCGGUCGAUACCCGAGGUCUGGAGCGACAAGGUGCUGAAGCGCGACGGUCGCAGUCUCGCGGAGCGCGAAGAGGUCAGGGAGGUUGUGCGGUCGCACCUCGUCGCCUUGUCCCACCGCCCCGAGGGUUCUCUAGGCGAGGGACCGACCACCAACGACGAGGCGGCUUCGGUUGUCAUCGCUCAAAGGGUUCCGAGGAAGGUGCGCGAGUGGAUCGCGAGCAAAGCUUGCAGGAGCGCUAUCAGUGAGUGGGCCAUAUCGUUUUGUCUCUCCCUCGUCUUCCUGUUUCGACCGUCGGAUCGGGGACUGACGUAG